AUGGCCCAAUUUGUCCGUAAGCUCACAGAGAAGGCCCCGAUGCUGGUAACUGCUGCCGUGACUUACUCUAAACCGCGAUUGGCCACAUCUUGGCAGUAUGCCAAGGUUGAGCUGAUUCCUCCAACCCCUGCUGAGAUCCCAACAGCUAUUCAGAGGUUGAAAAAAAUAGUCAAUAGUGCUCAAACUGGUAGCUUCAAACAGCUCACAGUUAAGGAAGCUCUGCUGAAUGGUUUGGUGGCCACUGAGGUGAGGAUGUGGUUUUACGUCGAUGAGAUCAUAGGCAAGCGUGGCAUCAUUGGCUAUAAUGUUUGA